CCGAAAUACACUUCCUAGUUACUUUGUCGGUUGGCUUCCAUUGCCUGUCAGCUGUCUAUAACAACAAUAACUGCUACGAAGACUUUGGAUUGUGAAGUCAGUUGCUGAGUCAACAGGACAAGUCUCAGAAGAAAGAAGGAAGACUUGAAGAUAGCGUUGUUCAUCUCAGAUGAUAAGGAGAGACAGGUGACACAAUGGAGGAUUUCAGGCAGGCGUACCUGCGUCUGUGUAAGGAGGGCGGUGUGGAGCCUCAGGAGAGUGUUGUGGCUCAGCUCCAGGAGAACAGGGCUACUCAGAGCUCCCGACUGGACCUGAGUGGACACAGCCUGUCUGUAGAUACCUGCUCUGUCUUGGCCACGGCCUUCCAAAAUGAUACAGGCUUUACAGAGGUGGUGCUCAGUGACUGCAUGCUCAGCGAGGAAGGUGCCAAAGUACUUCUGACUGGACUGUUUGGCAACACAACUGUAAAAGUCCUGGAUCUGAAGGGAAAUAACUUGAGAUCGACAGGGGCUGAGGUGUUGGGAAAGCUGUUGGCGCGUAACAAGACUCUGCAUAGGCUGGUGUUGGAGUGGAACGCUUUGGGAGUGUGGGACGAAGCCUUCUCACUCUUUUGUGAUGGUUUGGCGUCCAACAGCGUGCUGACACAGCUGGACCUGCGCAACAAUCAGAUCAACCACAACGGAGCGUCUGAGCUCGCUCUGGCUCUUAAACGCAACACCACUGUGCAGGUGCUAGAUCUGAGGUGGAACAACAUUGGUCUGCUGGGUGGCAGGACUCUGUUGGAGGCUCUGCAGAAGAACCAUAGCAUAGUGCAGCUGGAGAUGGCAGGAAACAACAUACCGAGUGAUACACUCAGAGCACUUGAGCAGAUCACAGGGCACAACUCCGACAGACAGUCCACCCUGAGAGAGAGCCGCAGCAGGACCCAGGUCCUCAGCAAGGAGAUUCAGACAUUAAAGGAGGAGAAGAGCCGGCAGUUCCUUAGCCUGAUGAGUACCAUAGAUAGACAGAGGGAGGAGAUGGGACGCUCCAACGGGUCUACCUCCAUUCAGAUAGGCCAACUCCAGGAAGCUCUGAAUGAAAGGAAGUCGGCUGUUAACUCCCUCACUGCAAAACUUCAGAUGACAGAGGCUGCCCUCGCCCUCUCGGAGCAGAAAAACCACAACAUGGCAGAGCUGCUGACACGAGUGAAGGCUGAAAAAGAAGAACAGAGGGAACGACAGAGCAGAGAGAGGAAGAAGGAGCAAGAGGACAGUGCUCACAGAGAGGGUAAACUCCUCAGAGAGAUCCAAAACCUGACAGAAACCAACGCCCAACUUGUAAAUAAAGUUGAGGAGAAGGAGCGGAGGUGUAAGUCUCAGCAGCAGCAGAUCUUUGAGCUGAAGCAGGAGCUGACCAAUAGCACGGCAGAGCUCAAGCUGCAGCUCACACAGGCAGAAGACCGUCUGGAAAUAGAGAAGCGAAGGUCCAAGCAAGCCCUGCAGGACAUGGACAGUCUCCGCCAGAAAGAGGUUGAGCAUGUGAAUCGACAUCUAGAGGAGAGCGAGAGGGCUCUGCAGGAACGCGUCUUCAAGCUGGAGGGACAGCGGAUACAACUGGAAGAGGAGCUGAGUAAAGCUAAAGCAGCGUGUGUGACAGAGAGGGCCCAGGCAGAGGAGGAACUGGGAAGAGUGCGAGCUCAAGUGCGUCUGGAGGAGCAGGAGCACGUGUCGUGCCUGGAGGACAAGCUCCGCUCGGUGCGUUCCGACCUACAGGAGGUCCAGCUCCACUGCUCCCAGCAGAAACAGACCAUCUCCGAGCUGCAGGCCAAGAACAGCCAGCAGGGCAGCGAGAUAAGCGCGUUGCGGCGCAGGACGGAGGAGCUCCAGCAGGAACUGUCCUCUAAGGACCAGGAGAAGGUGGCUGAAGUAAGCCGGGUGAAGGUGGAACUGCAGGAGCAGAUUGGACAUUUACAGGCAGAAAGAACGGCACAGGGGGGGCUCAAAGAGAAGAUCUGUGCUCUGGAGAGAGAGAUUAAAGUACUAAGCGGUAACCACAGGGAGGUACUCCUCGACAAAGAGAGUGAGAUGGCUUCCAUGCUGGAGAAGCUGCGGCUGAAAGAGGCGGAGAUCCAGAGGAUGAGGGAAGACGAAGCCAACAGAGCCAGCUACCUGCAGAGCGCCAUCCUCACCUAUGUUCAGGGCUCACCUCUGGGACACUACAGAAGUCCCAAAAAAUGACCCACAGACCUCUAACCCUCUCAGCUGUAAGCUCUGAGCUUACAGUUCCCGCACAAGUCUGGUCAAGGUCUGAAGAAUAAAACCAAAAUCAUGGUUGUCUGAACUUGAAACAUUUGGAAAACACAGGGAAAUCUGUGUUUUCAUGUGAGCUACCUAACACAACAUGCAGAUCCAGUCAAGAAAUGAAGGGUUUGAAAAGUCUGACUGGCCCAACAUCCAUGACAUGUGCAGAACAUUCUUGGUCCCCAGAAGACAAAUAUUACAUACAAGAUAUAUUUUUAAUACAUCUUAAGAUGAAUUUGAUACAUUAAUGCUCUUGAGGAGACAAAUGAUGCUCUGAACUUUUAUCUAUCUCUACCUUCGAAACAAUCAUCAAAUAUAAUAAAAGGUGU